AACUUUAUAAGAAAUUGAUUUAUUAGCGUGGAAGCAAAACCUCUACACCUUUCCUCCCUCUCUUCCCCUCCGGCCACUUAGUCGCCCACCGGCGGGAAGUUGAUAGCUCUUCUUGUUGUUUUCCUCCCUUACCAGGCGACAUGGCCACCACCGGCAACAACAACAUCAACGCCAAGCUGGUUUUACUUGGAGACAUGGGUGCCGGAAAAUCCAGCCUCGUGCUGCGUUUCGUCAAAGGGCAAUUUCUCGAAUUCCAGGAAUCGACGAUCGGAGCGGCGUUCUUUUCACAGACGUUGGCUUUGAAUGACGCCACGGUGAAGUUUGAGAUCUGGGACACUGCGGGGCAGGAAAGGUAUCACAGUCUCGCACCCAUGUAUUAUAGAGGAGCCGCGGCGGCCAUCAUCGUCUAUGAUAUCACAAGCAAGGAUUCAUUUGAUAAAGCAAAGAAGUGGGUGCAAGAGCUUCAGAAACAAGGGAAUCCAAGCAUGGUAACUGCGCUUGCAGGAAAUAAGGCUGAUUUGGAGGAGAAAAGGAAUGUGGCAUUGGAGGAAGCACGUGCAUAUGCCGAAGAAAACGGCCUUUUCUUCAUGGAAACAUCUGCCAAGACAGCCAUUAAUGUAAAUGAUAUAUUCUAUGAAAUAGCAAAAAGACUGCCACGUGCCCAACCAGCUCAAAAUCCAGCAGGAGUGGUUCUUACAAACACACCAGCUGAGCAGUCGAAGGCUUCAGCAUGCUGUUCUUAGGGUUUUUAUGGUCUGUCAAUAGAAGGAGACGUGGAGAUUUUUAGUGCUUGGUGAACACUGAAAAUAGUCGGUUUUUUCUUUUCUUCUC